AACUCGCUCGCGUCGGAUCGGGAAACAACGGGAACAAGACACGAACCUGGUUUGGAUCAAAUGGAAGACGCUGUGUGACUCUUGGAUUAACUUAUUAUGCAGUGAAACGUUGGUGCAUUAAUGGAUAUUUUAGGAAACUUACCAAUCUGCAGCACUGAUUGGAAUUGAAAAAUCGCAGUGGAUAUGAUUCAAAUCGUUUGAAAAUCGGGUGAUAGUGAAAGAUUCAAUGAGUGAUCGAAUCGCUAGUUAGUGAAACACAUUGCACCACUUGGUCUGGAUUAACUGGCAUAUCAACUGUUCAAAAAUCAACGGGAAAAUUUAACAAUCUGUCAUGCUCUUAGAUUAUGGUUUAUCGCUAUUGUUAACACUACUGACAGUAUGUAUCACAGGCAUCGCCGGAGAGAGCUACCAAACCAGCCUCACCUUCAAUGACAUCCUUCCGGAAGACCCAAAGCUGUACGACAAAAUGCGCCCGCCCAAGAAGGACGGUCAGCCCACAACGGUCCUGUUCCACGUGACGGUCAUGGGUCUUGACUCGAUCGACGAAACGUCGAUGACGUACGCGGCGGACAUAUUUUUCGCACAGACCUGGAAGGACCACCGGCUGAGGCUGCCGGAGAACAUGACCUCCGAGUACCGGCUGCUGGAGGUCGAGUGGCUCAAGAACAUGUGGCGGCCGGACUCGUUCUUCAAGAACGCCAAAUCGGUCACGUUCCAAACGAUGACCAUUCCCAACCACUACAUGUGGCUGUACAAGGACAAAACGAUCCUGUACAUGGUCAAGCUGACCCUGAGACUGUCCUGUGCGAUGAACUUUCUCAUCUAUCCACACGACACGCAGGAGUGUAAGCUGCAGAUGGAAAGUUUGUCACACACAACGGACGAUAUGAUCUUCCAAUGGGACCCGGAGGUCCCCCUAGUCGUAGACGAGCACAUCGAGCUGCCUCAGCUAGCGCUGGUGAAGAACAACACCGCGGACUGCACUCAGGUCUACUCGACGGGUAACUUCACCUGCCUUGAAGUGGUCUUUGUCCUGAAGCGACGUCUGGGCUACUACCUUUUCCACACGUACAUUCCAACCUGUUUGAUCGUCAUCAUGUCGUGGGUCUCGUUUUGGAUCAAACCGGAAGCGGCUCCAGCCCGUGUAACGCUCGGAGUUACUUCGCUCCUGACCCUGUCCACGCAACAUGCCAAGUCUCAAGCAUCCCUUCCGCCAGUAUCUUACCUUAAGGCGGUGGACGCCUUCAUGUCCGUCUGUACGGUGUUCGUGUUCAUGGCCCUGAUGGAGUACUGCCUGGUGAACAUCGUCCUCGGAGACUCCGACCCUCCGAACCCGAAGCCACAUCCACCACCCAAGAUGGAUCGGUUCUUUGACUUCAAUGCCCCCGGUGGUAAAAACGGAAAACGGAACAGCAAAUCGCUGGAGAACAGUGAAACCACAACCGUGAACACGUUUCAGAGACAGGAAAGCACCCUGCUGCUCUCGCCAGUACCGCACAUUCAAACUAUUCCGCCUCCACCGUGCAAACCGGCAUCGGCCAUUCCGAAACUCACCCCGGCACAAAUACGGCUGAGGCGGGCGAUCAACAUCGAUCGUUUCUCCAGGGUUUUCUUCCCGCUGCUGUUCACGCUUCUCAACACCGCCUACUGGAUCAUGUUCUACGAAUACAUCUAAGAACCAUGCCCGUGGGCUUGUGACAUAAAAUUGUAAUGUAGAAAUGUCAAACUGUUCAUAUUGAAGCAUUCAAUAUGAAAGGUUUACGAAUAGUUUAUAAUUGUGGAAAAUCGAAACAAAACAAUUAGAGUAGACUGUAAAAUCAAACUGUAAAUUACUGAUACACCAUGCGCCUCCACGUGACGAUUUCAAAUACUGAUAGUUUGUAAGAAGAUAUAAAGACAGUUGCAUACGAAUACGGAUAGCCGGCUUAUGGCACAAAAUGAACAAUGAUAGUUUUGAUUCACAACGAAUUAUUGAAUACAGGUUCACUCCAUUAAAACAUAUUAUGUACUGAAAAAGUUAAGGUGAACACAAACUGGUAAAGUUAAAGUUAAAUUUGUCCGUAGUCAAUAUGUUAAGAGUCGUAUACGACACUCUGCAGUCACUCUCAAUGCCUAGAAUCAGCUACUAAACUAUAUCAAGUUAUCCUGAUGUUACUUGUUGAUGUAAUGUAAACCUUAUGAAAAAAUGUCAUCAAUUUUGUAAAUAGAGUUACGAUUCGGCCAAUAAAUAUUAAAGUAUAAA